CAUGUUUUUUAAAGAAAGUUGUUGAUUGUUAUGUAGUUUCGUUUUCAUCAAGUACAUUUAGCUAAAUCUUUUUUAUUCAACAAUUAUCAAUAAAAAACUUCCCCAAAUUAUGUCAGACUCUGAUCAGGAUCCAGUUGAGGUAAUGUUAAAGAAAACUGGCUGCAUUGAAUUACAUUACAAAGUUCAAGAGUGUAUAGCGGAAACCGGUGAUUGGCGCAGUUGUCAGGAUAAGGUGAAAGAAUUCAAGGACUGUAUGCAAAAGUAUGUUGAUGCCCAGAGCAAAAAGUACGCCCAUAUAAAGUAA